AACCACCUCAUAAGAAAUCUUACAGUUACAGUCAUGUAACAGCUCAGAUCUGAGAGGUUGUCAAAGGCGGAGUCCAGUCCCACACAGUGAAGAGCCUGAGCCACAGCAGAGAGAUGCAUGCUGCAUGAGCAGAGCUGAGCUCCCCAGCAGGAUAUCAUAUUGGAUACUGGGAACCAGAGUGGACUGGCCAGAAAAGCGUAAGUGACCACAACGGUGCAAUUGGGCUCUAAAUAUUUAAUGUCCAUUGGUCAUCAUGAACCUGACCUCCAGCUCUGAUGGUUUCCACUUCCUUACCAACAGUUCUCCUGGUAUGAGAGAUCAGCCUGAUACUACCAUCAUAGGUGGAUCUUACCAGGAGUUGGCCAUAUUAUCUGGUGGGUGGAAGCAGCAUAAUGUCAGUCAUGUCUCAUGGCAAGGAGGAAACUUCACUGAUUCACCAGUUAACAGGACAUUACUGCUGCCAGCAGAGGAGUUUGACCCUUUAGGAGGACAUACUAUCUUACAGGUCAUCUUAAUUGUCUUCCUCACUGGAUCGCUUUCUCUUCUCACUGUUGUUGGCAACAUCCUAGUGUUGGUGUCAUUCAAGAUCAAUAAGGCACUGAAGACAGUGAACAACUACUACCUGCUAAGCCUAGCAUUUGCUGACCUUACAAUUGGCACACUUUCAAUGAACCUGUAUACCACCUACCUCAUAAUGGACCAGUGGGCUCUGGGGCCAGUAAUCUGUGACUUGUGGCUUGCAAUAGACUAUGUGGCCAGUAACGCCUCAGUCAUGAACCUGCUUGUUAUCAGCUUUGACAGGUAUUUCUCUGUUACCAGACCUUUGACAUACCGGGCCAAGCGUACAACAAAGCGAGCAAUGACCAUGAUUGGAUUGGCCUGGUCCAUCUCUUUCAUUCUCUGGGCCCCAGCCAUCCUGUUCUGGCAGUACAUUGUGGGUGAGCGGACAGUCCAGCCCAAUGAAUGCUACAUCCAGUUCCUGUCCGAGCCCAUCAUUACAUUCUGCACUGCUAUAGCUGCGUUCUACUUGCCAGUAACUAUUAUGGCAUUCCUGUUUUGGAAGAUCUAUCAGGAGACAGAGCAGCGUGUUAAAGAUAUGGAAGGUCUCAAGGGAUCUGGGUCAGGUAACCGCCCAAGCCAGGCUCAGAAUCAAGGAAGUGGUAGUGGAAAAGCUGGUGGAGAAUGUGCAUCUAAGAGCCAGAAGGAUUCGUCAGCCAUGCAGCGCCAAAUGAGCUCUCAAAGCUGCAGCAGCUAUGAACUAAAUCAGCUGGCUUCAGAGAAGAAAAACAAGGACAAUGUCAGCAUACAAGGAGGAACGGGAAGCAGAGGGAGGUGUGGCGCAUUCUGCUUCCAGUUUUCAUCACUGCUGCCAGGUCGCCAUGCAUCCAAGAGGUCGGUCAACACCACGACAACUACAGUGGGUGAAGCAGAGCAGAGCAGCUGUGACAGCUUUAACAACAAUGAAGUUGGAGCCUCUGGGGACCAGUCAGGUUCAGAGGAUGAAGCUGAUGGAGCAGACCCAUCAAAAUCUCCAACAGAUGGUAAAAAAUCUAGAAAGGUGAAAAACAACAAAGAUAAAGGAUCAUCAUCUUCCAAAAGUCGAAAAGGUUCACAAUCAAACCCUGUCACCUCAUCACCUGCCGACCAAUCACCUGCAGCUAUCACCAUGAAGGACGCAGCGAUGGCCAAACGUUUCGCCUCUAAGGCCAAGACAGAGAUCAGCAAGCGUAAGAAUGAAAAAAAGGCAAAUGAAAAGAAAGCAGCACGGACACUCAGUGCCAUCCUCUUCGUCUUCAUCAUGACGUGGCUACCAUACAAUAUCAUGGUGUUGGUCAACACUUUCUGUCAGGACUGUAUUCCCGAAACUCUUUGGGCACUGGGCUACUGGUUGUGUUAUGUUAACAGCACAAUCAACCCAAUGUGCUAUGCCCUGUGUAACAAGACCUUCCGGACAACUUUCAGGGAUAUCUUGAUGUGCCAGUGGGAUCAAAAGAAGAACAAUCCUCAUUUUCAACAGAGGAAGGCUGUGGCUUUCAAGAAAAAAGACCCAAUGUAGAAUAUAGUGGCAAAUUAUUGAUAGAUAUGUCUUUUAAAGAUUUAUUUCCUUAUCUAUAUUCAGAUUUGGAAUGCCAUAUAUAAGCCUUCUAUUUCAGGGAAAAGAUGCUGAACAGAAUUUGGCAAACCAAAACUAAUUCUACAGGAUUUCUUUUCAUGCUAGCAGUGGGGGCAAAGGCUGGUCCAUUAGUCUGACUAAAUUUGGACUAUUCAUGGUCCCAGAGCAUAGAGGUCGAUCCAAACAACUGUGAUAUAGCUGUGAUAUAAUCACAACAUAUCACAGCCGUGAGCUGUUUCUUAUAUAAAACACAUGGCAAUAUAAAAGUCAUACAGUAGUCACAUUCCAAUUUUAAUAGAUAGAUAAAUAAUCAUAUUCACAAUAAAAUAGGCCUUCCUGGGCUGGCUGGCUGCCUGCACAUACUGAGGCGGUUGCUAUGGAACGUUAGCCUACACUAGCAGCUAGCACAGGCUAUUUUGUUUUACUUAACGCUAAAGGCUUAGUUUAGAUUCACCAAAGUUACACAAUAACACAAACAAACUAAAGAUCGAGGCAGCGCUAGACCAGCAACUAACUGGUCAAGGCAGUAGUUGAGCAGCAACUCCCGUGUUUUGCAAGGUAAAUUUAUUGUUUUUGCCAAUGGAGUCUGGUGGCUUUUAAGAAAGCAUAGAUAGCGGCUUCAGUUCCCCGCCAGAAAGGGCUGUCUGACGGCAAGGUAAAGCGCUGAAAAUAUUUUACAUAUAGCGUACACUUAAAGGGUUACUUUACUGAUUUUCGGUGUCAUGGCUGAGUGAUACUUAUUGUGCAAAGGAAUUAUAAGUCAUAGCUGUGGCAUGUGGUUAUUAUAUAACAGCUAUGAACCAAUCAUCAUUGCUUGAUUUGAGCUACCCAUUUGAUAUUUGCCAUUAAAUUGGUGAUCCAUUCGGCUAAGUUUUUCACAUUGACCAGCAUUUUGGCCAAUGGCGCCUUCGGUCAGAAACUGAUGCUGGAUUUUGAUGAUGUUUGUUGUGGAGAUUCAUAGUCUCCAGAGGAUGAAUUAAGUGCUUAUCAUCUAGGAGAUCUCUGCUCCUAGACGAUGAGCCAAAUACUGAUACGGCAGCAAGGUUUUUUAGUAUUUUCUUUUGUUCUAACAUUUUAUAUUGUGGGGAAUAAUGAAAAAACGCAUAGCUUGUGGAGCUAGCAGGGCUUUUGACUUUGACUUUUCAGAUACAAAUAUAAGCAUAGAUGUAUUUAUUAUAUGCUCUAAUAAUGGAAUAAUGUAGGCUAAUUUUAAUUUGGUGUAAUGAACUUCUUAAAGGAUGUAAGAGCCUUGUAAGAUUAUCUUUCCAAAAAAUUGCAACUCAGAUUUUGUUUGUUUUUAACACUGAUGUCACCAGGACAAUUUAGAGCUCAGCUUAUUUAUGUCAGUUUUCGAUUUCAUUGCGGUUUUUUUUUAUUUUUAAGAUUGGAAGGUGGGUAUUUACAUUUCUGCAUUCAGUAAAAAAAAAAUGAUGAAGAAUGAUUUGCUAUAAAUGAUAACCUGGAUGUCAGCUAUGACAGAGAGUCAGUUGCCAGUUUAUUUGGUACACUUAGCUAUUUUAUUAAAACUGUUUUAGAGAUGUCUUCAUUCAUCUUUAUGGUCAUUUUGGAGGCUGUUUGUGCUUUUGUUAAAUUGUAUUGCGUUAUUUUGAGAGGAGUUUCUAAUAUUUACCCAAUCCUUAGUGGUAUAAAUAGGGUGCAUUAGUUUUUUAGAAUGUAUUACUGUACUUUUAGCUAGGUCUACCAAAUAAACUGGCAAAAAUACUCUAAAUACACAUAUAGCAUCACGACCAUAACUUAGUUUAGAAAUAUUUUAAAAUCUGUCUUGAAGUACCCUGUUAAGGGGUUGUAGUUCCGACACUGCUGAAAUAGAAUAAAUUAAAUCAGUAAUAGAAUAGAAGAGCAUAGAAACCACCAAUAAAUGUCUGUAGAUACCUUGGUUAAGUCAGGCGAUCGGUAUUGAUUUAUUAUUAUUAUUCAGUAUUGUGGUGUUUGAAUGAAGCUGAUCACAGCAAUGUGUUGUCAACUAAAAAUAUAACACUGCGUGACACUGACCCUUAUUCCAUUUGAUUAUCUGUACAUACUAAAUACUAUAGAGUUGUGUAAUACUGUGAAGGAACAUGCUCAAUGCACAUUUGAAGAUAAUUUAACAGAAGCAAAUGUCAGCUUUCUGCAUUGCUAUGCAUAUUGGGAGGGCAGUGUUCAGUGUAGCAGCUGUGUUGUGGACUACAGACAAAACACACCAAAGCACAUUUGAGUUACCAAUGGAAGGGGAGAAUAAAGGCAACAUCUGGUCACCUAACCUUAAUUGAUAGAAUAUUACACUGUAGGUGGCUUACAUGGGCACAACUAAAGUUGACAGUGCCCUGUUCCGUUGGGUAGAAUACAAUAUUGUACAUGAAUUAACGUGUGCAGACGUAUGUCAGUCCACUUGCAACGCUUGGAACACUGUUGCUUUCAAAUUUGAAAACUUCCUAAAUAGCUAGUCAAAAAUUUCUCAGCUAUUAUUACUUUCUUUAUUAACUCUGUCUUUUGUAUUGUCCAUACACAGCACAUUCAGAAAUGCUGUGAUUACUGUACGUCUGCAUGAGGGCCUUUUUUAUGAAUACAUUUUGUUAUUUUCCUGUGUGAAUGUAUUAUAUACACAAAACACUGUUAGACUUAUUAUGUAGUCUACAAAAGGGACAUGGUAUUAUGUAUUGCACAUCAUGAUGGUCAAUUUUGAAUUGACUACGACUUGACAUGAACCAAACACUUAUGAACCAGAUUUAUUCUGUGCAA